AUCAGUUGAUUGAAGUAAUGGAAUAAACACUGUCAAGUGAAGUGUCGACUUGCUACUGGCACUGGACGGACAAGGAAUCAAAGGUUUAGUAAGUACUGAAUAGGAAGUGGAUUGUCUUCCGUUUUCGUAUCAGUGAAGUGAAUCGUCAAAAUGUUGCGUACAAUCUGUUUAAUACAUUUUGAAAAGUGACAGAUCAGUUCGUUAAUGUAGUGUUCAACGAAAUCGACAGUAUCGUGUUUUUCUGUUAAUAAUUAUUUCAAAAUUAGUCGGAGUCAGAAUAAUUAUUGUUUUAAAAGGACUAAAAAAGACAUUCCCCUGUGAUGUCUUUCCAAGGAAGAAGGUUUAGUUAUCAAUGGCAGUGUUUGAAAAAGAAUUUAGGAAAAGAAAAAUAUAUUUGGAUGACACUAUUCCUCUUCACUGCACUUUUUUAAAUGUGCAGAACAUACAUGGACAUAUUGAAUAUAUAAUACGUGUACAGAGGGGACCAACCACUACUGAUGCCUGGCACAUUUACAAACGCUACAAUGAUUUUGUUAAUCUACAUCAUGCCUUGCAGCCUUCAUCCCUUAGCCUUCCCCUACCUCCGAAGAAACUCAUUGGGAAUUUUGACAAAGAGUUCAUAGCUGAGAGACAAGCAGGUUUACAGAAAUAUAUCAACUACAUCCUCAUGAAUCCAAUAUUGGCAUCGUCUUUGCCUGUAAAGAGGUUUCUGGACCCAGACAAUUAUAGUUCAUCGUUUCAAGAAACUGCUCUGCAGCAUGUUUCGAUGGCGUUGCGGGGCGAGUUGGACUAUGAGAUGGUGAAAGCACUGUCAGACAUCGGCUGGAGGCUACGGAAACACUACUUUCAAGUCAAAAAACGCAGCAAUCCUAAGGAGGAACUGAUUUUGUCCUGGGUGGAAUACGGACCAGACAAGUACCUCAACGACAAAGAACUUCAUGCUGUUCUUAAGGGAUUAGCAACACUUCAGCACCCCAACAUCGGAGGUGUAGAGAUGCUGACGUGUCACGAUGCAGGAGGCUACGUAGUCCGUAGGCUAAACUCUGAAGGUAGCCUUAGGGACACAAUCUGCCACUGCAAGCCUCGGCAGACAUUCCUCAAGAAGUAUUCAAAUCCCAAGCUGCGUUGUGCCUUGCCCCUACCCCAAGUUGUGUUUAUAUCCACCCAGAUACUUCAUGGCCUUAGGUUCCUCCAUGAGAAAGGCAUACCUUACGGUCACCUCCACUUGGGGAACAUUAUGCUGGAGAAUGAUGUGGUCAAGUUGGUGGAGAUUGAGAAUGGAGUGCUCGGUCUACCUUCGUUCUACCGACCGUUCUUCAUGCAACAUCGGAAGAUUUCGUCACUGGAGGCGGUGGAUGUCUACUGCUUCGGCCACGUUUUGUACGAGAUGACGUUCGGCAAUCCGCUGCACGAGUCUGUCUGUGAUAACCUCCCGCCUAAUUGUCCCCCUAUUAUAAGGCCGGUGCUGGAGUCCAUUCUGUCCUCGGGUGCGUGCAAGAGCGGGAUGCCCAGCCUUGAAAUGUUGUUGGCAUUGCCAGUAUUCAGUGCUAAACCAGCAACAGACCAUUGCUACUUCAAGCUGUCCUCACAUACCCGUGAUGCACUCAAAGACGCCUGUCAUCAAACUGACGCCCGCAUAAAAGACGAGCAGAAGAAGGUUCGGCAUCAGAAGAGAUUAGUGAAAAUGCAAGAAGUAUUAAACUCAGAAGAGGACAACAAGAAGGAUAGGAAAAAACAUAAAGUUAAAAGAGAAGAAAAACAUGUGGAAGGGACAAUGAAUGGAAAUGGCCUGUCACCAGAACGUUCCGAUAGUCCCAACAGCACAAGUACUGCCACCUCGGCAGGAACGAUUACGCCUCCUUCAGCUGUACCACCUCCUCCACCCCCUCUGACACUGAACUUGACAACACAAGUAGAGGCUGUACACAUACCACAGGAUGACUCGAGAACUGCUCUCCUCGGAUCUAUCUGCAAUUUCAAUAAAGCCUCUUUGCGCAGGACCAAACCAGUUGCUUGAUUAAGGAAAAUGUGACUCUUUGAGCUGCUUAAGGAAGGUUGCUGCCUUUAACCAAAGUACAUAUUUAAGUUUUAUUUUGUAACUACUAUUCUCUUUAAAUUUUUGAAUAUUAUAACUGUGAAUACUGUUGUGGUUGUGUAUUGAACAAAUUGUAAAAAUCAUAUAUUUAUAUAAAUAUUAAACCAACCAGCUAUUUACAUACAUUUGCAGUGCAUACUUCAAUAACUUUUAAUUUUAAUCAAGAAAUAUUGUUGUUCUUUAAUAAUUUCAUUGUAUUCAUAAUUUCCAAUUACGAAGUAAAACAUUACUGUUCUUGUAUUUUUAGAAAAGAACUGUACUCCAGGAGAAGAGUGUUAAAUGAUUAAAUUAAAGUAUAUAAUAGUAAAUCUUGAUGCAUUUGGAUGAUAAUUUUGUAGGUACUGAAUUAAGAACCGUCCUGGUGUGGAAAAGUGGUGCUAGUUUGAUCUAUUCCAAGUUUACUAUAGAUGAAUAAUUUACUGUUAAUGUGCCGACAAGAAAUUUACAAAUUUGAUUGUUUAAGCUUUCUUCUUUCACAAUCAGUUUUCUUAAAUUCUACACCUAAUGUUGUAAUUUGUCAAACAUUAUUUGUACAGUUUAAAAAUAAUUUUUGAUAUACAAUUGUAACUGUUUUAGCAAAAAAAAACUGUUCAUUUUAUGUUUUAUUUAUUUUCAUCAACGUCAUAUUUUUAAACACUGUAUAAAAUAUAUACAUUUCAAUUACAUAUAUGUAAGGUAUAAAAGUAAUUUUUAAGAAUUUCUUAAACAUUCUGUUGGUCUGUCUAUUGGCUUUGUAAUGUCUUCAUUAAAACCAUAUUAUAUUUACAGAAAAAUAUCCAAAUACAUUACAGUGUUCCAAAAGUUUAAAACUUUUGUCCCCUUCUUUACCAUUUAAAUUAAUACAUCAAGCUAAUAUAUAAUUACAAAAUUGUAACACCCUUGUAGUGAAAUGUGGACCGCUUAGUGGUACAAAUUGUUUUGUAAAUUUGAAAACCAUAAACUGUGUAUACACGUGAGUGUUGUCUUUGCUCUAAACAUUUUAAAACACACACUCUUACACUGUUGGUUCACACACACACACGUAAUAACGACUUUCAGCCUUGUUUUGUAAUUGUAACUCCAAAUUAGUACAUUAAACUGUGUGGAAAGUAUGUUUUGGUAGUUCUAAGAUAUGUUGCAUAUCACGAAAACCUGUGUGAUCGAUACACUACACUGGUGUUUUUGUCUCACAGAUAACACCUUUGUAUAUGCAUACAUUACAGCCACACCAAACAGUUGUUUAGAUCCGCUCUACAACCUGUGUGAAACACAUAGCAUACUUUAGUUUUUGUUAUUUUACUAAAACUCAGUACUGUUUCACAAAUAUGAAAAUCUCAAGCGAUAAAAUCUAGGCUAUAACUUUAUAAAAAGCAAUCUUUCCAUACAUUUUACGCAUUAAAGCUUAAGCUCAGUCUAUACCUUCACAUAAAAUGAAUUAUAGGAUUGGAUUUUAAAAAUUAAAACAGAAUAAGCAUUGUAAAAGGAUUUUCAAGUUAAUCUUUGUGAUAAUAAUCUUGUUUUAUUAAUACUUUUACAAUUUAAACUGUAUUGAAAAACAAUAUCUACCUUACUAAUUAAUUAUUCUUAUCAUUUACAUUAGUGUUUUCUAGAAGUAUGCAAACCAGGAAUUCAUAAUAGUGAUAGUCCCCAUGUGAUAAGUGUAUGUUAAUGGUUGAUCAAAUAGUUCUAUUAUUUUUGGACAGUUAUUUAAUACGACCACUAAAAUAUUUUUAUUUCAUAACACAAUGUUGCGUACUGUUUGUUUGUACAUUAGUAGUAGACAUGUUACCAUUGAAGAGUUAAAUGUAAGACUGUGUAACUGAGGGAAUUACUAAACUUGUUUUAUUUUACAAUAUGCUUAUACGAUUUAACACCAUAAUUGGAUGUAAAUGUAUGCAAGAUGUAUUUUAUGGAAACAGAAGCGCACAUUCAUUUGGGGUAAUAAAUUUUGAAAUAUGAUAGAUAUUUUAUUUUCUCGCUUUAUUAGUCGAGAAACUGUAAUAAAUGUUUUUUUGUAAAAUUAAAUUAAGAUUAAUUUAAUAAAAGUUUGGAGCAAUGAAUUCAUAUGAUUUGUAGUACAGGUUAAUGGAGUGUAAACAUUGACUCCUGAAGUUUUUAAAUAUAAGUCUAAAUAUUUAGUUCAUACUUUCAUGUGGAAGUUAUUUACUGAAUCAUCACUACCUUUAAUAAAUAAUUUAAGAUUCAUUAAAGUAACUAUUUGCUGCUGAGUCUCAAUUAAUUGUGUUACUACUUUAUAGUGCAUUUUGCUUUAAUAAAAGUUACGAUAAAUACAUACAAUAUAUUAGACACUAAUUUUCAUCCUAUUCGCUAAAAGGUGGGUUAUUAAAAUUAAAGUAUGAAUAAAGUUGAAUUAGAAUUGGUUUUAGAGUAGUAGUGGGUUAUAUAUAGGCGUAUUAAGAAUUAAAUUUAAACGUACAUUUUCAUUCUUUUCUAACGAUUUAAAAUGUUUGAUGAAAAAUAUCUCUAUAAAUGUGUAUUACAGUAAGAUCUUUCAGCUUUAAAAUACGGUAACAGAUUCUUGAUUAAUAAUGCUUUUUUAUUUUGGUAUAAAUUUUAAACUACCUUUUUAUACUGAAUGAGCAACUGUGAAAAUCAAUUAUUAUGAACAGAUUGUUUCUUUCAUAGUUUUGGAACGAGCUAAGGAUUUGUGAGUAUUCAUUUUAAUAAAUAUAUAUUUUUACUAGACAUAUAAUAAUAACAACAAUACGUGUAUCCAUAUAUGUAACUAUAAUAACCAUUUUGAAUGUUUUACAAGUCUAUGUAGUUUUUACAAAAUGUGAUUUAUUACUAUAUUUAAUGUUAUUGAUUACCUUGUCACGUUAUUUUCUUUGUUAUAUAUCAUAUUUAAGUUUUAAUUUUAAUGUUAUGUUUUGUAGGUUUAGAUCAAUUAUCGUAAUGUAAAGACUAUUAUUGCCAUUAAAUCAAUGUUACCAAGUA